CCACUUUGAUAUAUUUUUUGAACAAAAAAAUGAGGCAUUUUUUACUAGUCUAUACCAUAGUGGUAUCGAUUGAUAUUAAAAUAAGAGCAUAUCAUAUGGUAUGAAAGCGUAUCAUGGUAAUAUGAACAUACCAAGACUGUUGGAUGGUUGAAACAUGAUAGUAGGAGUAUACUAACUGUUAUUUACGACUUUCAACAUUGUGUACCACAAGAUACCACCCCGCAUACCAGGGUGGUAUUAUGUGGUAUUUUUUUAUCCUUUAUUUUUUCAUCCAUAAAUUUGUAGAUCCAAUAGAGCAUGAUGAAUUCGUUCCUUCUAUGCAAAAAUUUUCAAAAAUGACUUAAAACGAAGGAAAUACCAUAUGGUAUGAAGUUGGUAACGUGAGGUAUGAAAAAAAAUCUCAAAAAUAUUGUAAAUGGAUAUGAUUUUGUAGAGCACAACGAACGCGUUCAAUCUGUGCAAAAAAAAAAUUGAAAUCCGAGUUAGAACGAAGAAGAUAAAAGCCAAUUUGAAAAUUAGAGAGAAUAUAAUAUCUUUAAUUCCCCAUUUAGAUAUAUGAAUUUUCUGGACUAAAAAAAUAUCCGAAUUUAGUUAUACAAAUAUGCAUGACCAAAAUUCAUACACCCUCACUUGAGUCAAUAGAUAGUUGUACCCCAAUCAUAGCACACUCAUAACCGUAUAAAUGGGAAAAAGUUAAUCUGCUAACUUGAAGAUUCGUUAGCAGAUACUAACUGAUAUCCAAAAUAUAUGAACUAGUAUCCAAGUACUAAAGUAUCUAGAGAGCACAGACUAGUAUUCAAGGUUUGCUAACUGAUAUCCACCAUGAAUCAACUAUUAUCCCAAAUUCACAAAUUAAUAUCUAGACAACACUGAAUAAUAUCCAUACAACACAUAAUUAGUAUCAAGAUAACACAUAAGAGUAUCCAUAUUGAAUACUAGUUGUCUGAUUGUAGAUAUUAGUUGGUAUCUGCUAUCUGGAUACUAAUUUGUGAUGUUUUAAAUACUAGUCUGUGCUAUCUAGAUAUUUUAGUAAAAUCAACAAACUUAGAUACUAAUUCAUACAUUUUGAAUAUUAGUUAAUACUAACAACUUAUAUAGUCAGCAUAAUAACUAAUUGGGUAUAAAUGGGCAACAUUGAAAAACCGGUAAAAAGGGUUGAAUUAAAUUCAUGAUUUUUUUUCCCGUACCGGUACUACUGUACUAGUCUACAACCCCAUCUGAUUUUACUUUUUAGGAGGAAAGAGGGCAAACACAAUUUGGCAAAUUAUUAUGACAAGCCACGCCGACCCUACGCAGAGAAGGGAAGAGAAGUUGUCUCUCCUCUUCCUCUUGCUUCUGUUUUGAAUUUUGCCUCUUCAGUCUUCUGCGUCUUCGAAUUUUUAUUUUAUUUUCACCGGGAUAUACGCAUGAUUACGAUAUAGAAGAGUAGUCUCUAGAAAAAGCUAGCUCGACGACAAUGGCGGCCUCUAACUAGUUAGAGUUACCUACCUCCUCCUGAACUUACGUUCCCCACCAACCACAAAGUCUCGCUUUUCCUUCUUCCUUCAUUCCUUACAGAGGCCCGUACAAUCCUCCGAUGGCUUCUAUUACUCCUCAUUCCGCUUCUUUCCAGACCCAUCGCGGACGCCGCCGCCGUCUGCAUUCCUCGUCGCUUCUUAAUUCGUCGUUGUCGCCACGCAGCGUUUCACAGCUUGACUUCCGCCGCCUAUCAAGUCCUCCCCCGGCGCCGCGAGCUUUGGCGGCGGCGGCUUUGAUCGACGACAGGGAGGGAAACAGAGGACGGAGUAGGCAUAGUGGCAAGUUUGCAACGGCGGCCACGAAGAGGAAUGUGUUCAGCGAGGGAAUAGUUAGCGGCGGCGGUGAGGAAGAAGGAGCGAAUUCAAACUCCUUCGAGGACGAACAGUUCGUGAGGUGGUUCCGGGAAGCUUGGCCUUAUCUCUGGGCUCAUCGGACCGGGACUUUUGUGGUUAUUAUCUCUGGUGAAAUUGUGUCCAGUCCUUACUUAGAUGCGAUUCUCAAGGACAUAGCAUUCCUUCAUCACCUGGGAAUUAGGUUCGUGAUCGUUCCAGGGACGCAUGUUCAAAUUGAUAAUCUGUUGGCUGAGAGAGGGCAUGAGCCUAAGCAUGUGGGGCCGUACAGAAUUACUGACCCAGAAGCUCUGGCUGCAUCAAUGGAAGCGGCUGGCAAGAUUCGGGUGAUGAUAGAGGCUAAACUUUCUCCUGGACCUUCCAUAUGUAAUGUGCGCAGGCAUGGUGACAGUAGCAGGUGGCAUGACGUGGGAGUCAGUGUUGCUAGUGGGAACUUUCUCGCAGCCAAGAGAAGAGGAGUUGUUGGAGGUGUUGAUUUUGGGGCAACAGGUGAAGUGAAGAGAGUAGAUGUUGACCGUAUGAGUGACAGGCUUGACAGUGGUUGCAUUGUUGUGCUAAGCAACUUGGGCUAUUCAAGCUCUGGUGAAGUUUUGAAUUGCAACACAUACGAAGUUGCUACGGCUUGUGCCUUAGCCAUUGGAGCAGACAAACUUAUUUGCAUCAUGGAUGGCCCUAUCCUUGAUGAGAAUGGGCACCUCAUUCGUUUCUUAACUCUCGAGGAAGCAGACACUUUGAUUCGUGAACGGGCUAAGCAAAGUGAGGUAGCUGCUCAUUAUGUGAAGGCUGUUGCAGAAGAGGAUCCUUCUUCUUCUGUCGAAGAUACGGAUUCCAUUUCCGUAGUUGCCUCCUCACAGAAUGGGAUAGCUAUCAACACGAAACACAAUGCAGCAUUCCACAAUGGUGUUGGCUUUGACAACGGAGGUGGAUUGUGGUCAGGAGAACAAGGUUUUGCCAUUGGUGGUCAGGAAAGGCUCAGUCGAUCGCACGGUUAUCUCUCGGAAUUGGCUGCUGCAGCUUUUGUUUGCAAAGGUGGAGUCCAAAGAGUGCAUCUACUAGAUGGUACAAUCGGUGGGGUUUUACUGUUAGAACUCUUCAAAAGAGAUGGGAUGGGAACUAUGGUAGCUAGUGACCUAUACGAAGGAACCCGAAUGGCUAGACCGAAUGACCUUGCUGGAAUCAAGCAAAUCAUACAACCUUUACAAGAAGCAGGAGUGUUGGUUCGAAGGACUGAUGAGGAGCUGCUUAAGUCGUUAGAUUCGUAUUAUGUGGUGGAAAGAGAAGGUCAAAUCAUUGCUUGCGCUGCUCUUUUCCCUUUCUUUGAGGAUAAAUGUGCAGAGGUAGCAGCUAUUGCAGUUUCUUCUGAUUGCCGUGGGCAAGGGCAAGGAGACAAAUUGUUAGAUUAUAUGGAGAAGAAGGCAUCCUCACUGGGUGUGGAAACGCUGUUCCUCCUUACUACCCGCACUGCAGAUUGGUUCAAAAGACGGGGUUUCUCUGAAUGUUCAAUUGACCUGAUUCCUGAACAAAGAAGGAAGAGGAUUAACUUGUCUCGUAACUCAAAAUACUACAUGAAGAAGUUGCUUCCUGAUACAAGUGGGAUAACGCUCACUACCAGGCAUUCAGCUGGCAAUAAAUAGCAAUAGCAGAUCCCAAGUCGUGACUUAGUAGUUGUACAGAAUAUAGCUCCUGGCUGGUGUGUUGUAACGGAUGCCCUUCGAGGCUCAAAGCUGUAUUGGCAUUUGGUCAGCGGCUUGACUUGAGAAUCAGAACUUGAGCAAACACUCAAGCCAGGAGUUGUUUGUAUUUAUCCUAUUGUAUAUUUUUGUCAGAAGAAACGGAAUAAAUGUAGCUGUGGAAUGUCGUCUUUAUGGUUUGGCCCCGCAAUCUACUGUUGUAUGAGUGAAAUGCUGUUGUUGAACCACAUCGAAAGUGCACGAACCAACUUUCUAUCAAGAGUUUAGUACAAAAUAUCCUACCACAGAUUUUUCCGGUAUAAACCUCCGGUGGUAUGAUUUUAAAAUCCUUGGCUUAUUGCGAUACUUUUCUUCCCAAGAACAUCUCAAUACAGAUGACUGAACUUGUACAAAGAUUAGACUCAAGAAUGUGAAGAGCUAGUCGUUGCAUUAUUACUGUAACCAGACAAAUCUGAAGCAAAAUACAGUGUUGCCACUUGCCACCGGCUGAGAAUCUUGCAGUGGGGGAAAAGGUAAAGACACUCAAAUUUGUGCAACUUUUGUCCUACUAGGGAACCAUGCCAGCGGCAGCUGAUAACCAGAAUUAUUUUCCCUCAGCUUCUGGCAAGCCCUUGAACUUGAAGUUGUCAGCGUAUGACUUCGGCUGAAAGUGAAAACAAAAAAACUCAAACAAUGUUAAAUCAUGCAGUUUAAUUUGAAUGAGCCAUUAGAUGAAAGUAUAAGAAUGGUUUGUAUAUGAUGUGAAUCAUUCAUGCAAAGACUUGGUCUACAAGGUGGAAGACGCUACUUAAAGUUCGCAAUCACUUAAAAGGACUACAGCAAAUGAGAGAUACAGGUUCUAUAUACUUGGUUAACAUCACACCUGAAUCGGUUAGGAAUACAAGUGUCUUCUAGAAAGUAUCAGAACCCCAGGAAUAGAAGAGGCUUAUGAGU